CGUCAUCUCUCCUAGCUCUAAUCAAGUGUGUUGAAGUAACGCCGGCAGCCCACUCACAUUUGACGUGGACAUACGCUUCAAGCAGUUCUCCAAGUUCAGUGUGUGUUUUGAACAUUAAAGCACAAUGCGUGUACCAGCAGCAAGUUCAGCCAGCGUCGGGGCCUCUGGUCGGUCCCCAAGCAAAACCGUUGCCCCACGGGCAGCAGGCUCCACAGUCAGACAGAGGAAGGCCACCAGCAGCAGCACACGCAGCGCUGGCAGGACAACAUCCUCAGCAGGCACUGGGGGCAUGUGGCGCUUCUACACAGAGGACUCGCCAGGACUCAAAGUUGGGCCGGUGCCGGUGUUGGUGAUGAGUCUACUGUUCAUCGCCUCGGUCUUCAUGCUGCACAUCUGGGGGAAGUACACUCGCUCCUAAAGGACUCUGCUGGACUCUCGGACCUCGACCCCCCCCACACACCGCUACAGCUUCUUACCACAGCAGACCGGGACCAAAUGACAAACGAACAAAAGUGUACUCCCCAUGUCCUCUUCAUCCUCCACCCUAACACAACCAUAUACAAACCACAACAACACAAAGUGGCCCAUGACAACUUUUUGUACAAACUGGGUUUUUGGGGUCAACAGUAUCUGCUCUGAUGGGUCUGUGGGGGUAUGUGCGCUGUUGCUUUUGUCCAUCUCCCCUCUUAAAGAUGGUUGUGGGCGUAAGUCAGGGGGCCACUUUCCCUGGCGGUGUUCCUGUGUGUCUACUGCUGACCAGCUGCCUUGCAGUUCUGUACUGCUACACGUUGGUUCACACAGGCACAGUUAGUACCAGCCCCUCAUUACUCUUUGGAACUCGAAAUUGGAGCCUUUAUUAUAAUUUUUAUUUUUUUUGGUAAGUGUAUUUGUACAAAUUAAAUUGUAAUAUUGUACAAUAAAACACAAUGUACGUUUAAAUCAAUUUGCCCAUUGGUCUUCAUGGAGGCUCU